AUGAAAGCGGGUCCACAGAGUCUUCGGAGCAAUAUUGCUCAUUCAACACGAGCAACACGGCACCUACCGCAUCAAGCACGACCAGGACACAAGCAGCACAAAUCACCAACGAGCUUCCAAUCCCUCUCCGACUUGGCUUGUGACUUUUCAUCACAGCGAUCUAUUGAUAUUAAGGUAUGGAGCUCUUCCAACGAAUGCGAGGAGAGGAUUCUGGUCAGGAAUGUAUACAUGAUUUUUCUGGAAGCUCAGACUCUGGAUCAUUUGUACGACUGGGACUUCUUUGUUGCGGUUGCUGAGGUGAGCUGGAGUGAGAUCAAAGGGGUGAUUGAGGAGACGAAGAUUGUUUUGUGGUUGUUAAUGGGAAAGGUUGGGGAGUUGGCGGAGAAAGAUGCUAUUCUCUUGAAGUCGAAUUUUGUCUCCUUCGUGCAUGACCAUGACGCGGAUGGUACAACGCGUCAGAGGAGUGUAAUAUCCGUGUACGACUUCGGGAGACUGGUGUACUCGUUCGGAUUCAAUUUGAUAACUCAUCGUCAGGCGGCAGAUUCUUGGGCUUCUCAAUCUUGUCUGGUCGCUUCGAACUCAUUUGCUUGCGAUUUCCGCGUUGCCCUCGACUUUCAGGGGGCCAUUCUACAUCCUCGCUUGAUGACAUUCAAGGCACAUCCGCGAAAAUGUAGAAUGGUAGGCGGGGAUGCCAUUAGCAGUUGGGCUCGUGACUUCAAAAACGUCCCGAACGGGCGGCGUGAAGGGCUAAUCGAAAAAAUUGAGAAUAGCGGAAACUGGUCGCUAGGACACUUUGCUCGCAAUUCGUCUUGGCUCAAGGCAUGCUAUCAUUUCUGCAACCCAUCUCUUGUGGAGCAUGAAGCAAACCGAUCGCCUGAUUCAGAUCGAAUCGCGCUGAACAGAAGCAUCUAUGACUAG